AUGGGAGAUAGUGACAUUGAAGGCGGCGGCGGUGGAGAUGACGGUUUUCGUUCUCCGAUCGGCCGUAAGUAUCGUCCCGUGUUGGCGAACGAUCGUGCUGUACUUGAGAUGUCUUCCAUAGAUCCAGGAUCUUCUUCUUCCUCAGCGUUUCCAGAUCAACCUCAUAAUCUCAGAAAAAUAAAUGUAAGUUCAGAUGCUAAAGAUGGGAACUCUCCUCGGCAAGCUCAACCUAAUGGACCCCAGCAGGAAUCUAAACUGGAACUGUUCGGAUUUGAUUCUCUUGUCAAUAUCCUUGGUCUCAAAAGCAUGACUGGUGAGCAACCUGCACCGCCGUCUAGUCCUAGAGAUGGCGAGGAUAUUACAGUUCCUGCUGGGCUGCCAAAGCCUGAAGCUCUCAAACUAGGGACACUGAUGGGUGUAUUCAUUCCUUGUGUUCAAAGCAUUUUGGGAAUCAUCUACUACAUUCGUUUCUCUUGGAUUGUUGGUAUGGCUGGCAUAGGAGAGACAUUGGUUCUUGUUGCUUUGUGUGGCAUUUGUACGUUCCUUACUUCAAUAUCACUGAGUGCUAUUGCAACCAAUGGUGCCAUGAAGGGUGGGGGACCAUACUAUCUCAUAGGUCGUGCCCUUGGUCCAGAAGUUGGAGUUAGUAUUGGUUUAUGCUUUUUCCUUGGAAAUGCAGUUGCUGGAGCUCUGUAUGUAUUGGGAGCUGUAGAAACAUUUUUGAAAGCAAUUCCUGCUGCUGGAAUUUUUAGAGGUAAUGACUUAUAA